UGAGGACAAAUUUGCUUUGGACAGAACAAAUUUUGUCCAAUAAAAGUAAAAAUCUAAUUUGUUAAGCAGAAUUGUUUAUUUAUUUAUCUUAGAGUUUGAAAAAAACAAGAAUCCUGAAGAUUUGAAAAGACUUCUCAAAGAAAGAAACAAACUCAUACAGGAGAAAGAAAAUAUUAUUUUAGAGAGCAAACAGACACUUCAAAUGAAGGACAUGGCGUUAGAGGAAAAGGACAGACGUCUUAAAGACAUGAAUGAUAAACUGCUACAAACAAUCAAAGAACUUGAGGGAAAACAGAAUCAGCUUGAGCAGAAAGAGACACAAAUGGACAAUAUGAACAAACUGAUGAGUGAGAAAGAGAGACUGCUGGAGAACACAGUCAAAGAACUGGAAACCAGUAAACAUCAACUGGAGACACUGAGAAAUGAACUACAGGAGAUGAAGACACAACUGGAUGAACAGAAAACUAAAUUCACUCAUCAGGAGAAAACACUACAAGAACACAAACAACAACAGAAACAAUCUGAUCAAGAAAUCAAAAAUCUGCAUUCUGAACUAGAACGAUUGAAAAGCGAGUCAUCUACACAUUUAUCUGAGUUGAAUGAAAAAUGCAAACGUUUGGAAGAUACUGAGAAACUUUUAGUUGAAAGAGAAGCACAGAUUAAAGAUCUUGAGAAGAGCAAAGAAACGGCUUUAGAUGAGAAGGACAAACUUCUAAAUAAAUCAAAUGAUAAACUAUUACAAACAACCAGAGAGAUUGAGGAAAAACAAACAGAAAUUGAAGAGAAAAAUAAACUGAUGAUUGAGAAAGAGAGACUGCUGGAGAACACAGUCAAAGAACUGGAAACCAGUAAACAUCAACUGGAGACACUGAGAAAUGAACUACAGGAAAAUAAAAGCCAACUACAACUACUGCUGGAGGAUAAUAAACUACUGAAGAGUUCUGAACCGUCAAUCUCAACAGCACCAGUAAGACAUCGACACAGUAAGGAGUCCGAUCUUCCAAUGAUGUCAGCACCAGUAAGAAGAAGAAGGAGUUUUGACUGGGAACUUCCAAACAUGAGUGGAGAAACAGCUUCAGUGUUGGUUUCUGGAUCAGAGCUCAGGUUGGUUCUGCUGGGGAGUGCUGGAUCUGAGAAGAGUGCAGCAGUAAACAUCAUCCUGAACAGAGAGGAGAAGAUCCAGACUGAUACAUCAACAGAGAUCCAGCAGAGUGACAGCAGACAGGGGGAGGUGAAUGGGAAGCACGUGACUGUGGUGGAAACUCCUGACUGGUUUUGCUCUGGUCUCUCUCUGGAGGAGGUGAGACAGGAUGUGAGACUCUGUGUCCGUCUGUCUGCUCCAGGACCUCACGCCUUCCUCCUGAUCAUACCAGUACAACAAUCUACUGGAGUAGAGAGAGCAAUGCUGGAGAAAAUGGAGGAGAUUUUUGGGGAGAGAUGUUGGAGGAACACCAUGAUCCUUUUUACUGUUACUGAUGAAGAACAAAAGAAGAACAUUGAGGAUUUUGUCCAGUCAGGGAAUCAGGAGGUCCAGAGACUUGUAGAGAAAUGUGGGAACAGGUUUCACUGUCUCAACAUUCAUCAGAGUGGAGAUGACUCACAGAUCUCAGAGCUGCUGGAGAAGAUUGAGAAGAUGAUGGAAGGAAACACAGAGAGAUUUUACAGCAGUGAGAUCUACCUGGAGAUUGAGUCUCAGAUCAGAGCGAUGGAGAGAAAGAUCAUAAGAGACAGAGAGGAGAGAAAAGAGAGGGAGGAAAGAGAGCUGAAAGAAAAAAUAGAAAAGGAGGUGCAGAUGUCCCUGAGAAAGAUAGAGGGAGCAAUCGAAGAACAUGAAGGAGAUAUUAAACAACUUAAUGAUAGAACAGAUGAACUAGAGAGACAGAUGAGAGAAGAAAAAGAUGAAGAGAAGAAGAAAGAACUAAAGAGAGAGUUGGAGAAAGAGGUGGAGAAGAGAUCAAAGCUGGAGAGAAAGAUUAACAAACUGAAAGAUCAGAGAGAGAGAGAAAAGAUUGAGAUGGAGGAGAAACACAGACAGGAGAUGGAGGAGAUCAGGCAGAUGUAUGAAGGAGAGAUAGAGAUGGAGACAGAGAGAAACCUCAUCAAGAACAUACUGCCUGAACUUUGGAAAAACAUUUUGGAAUCAAAGUCAAAGAUGCAGGAGGAGUUUAACAGACAGAUGGAGGAGAAGAACAGAGAGAUAGAGACACUAAAAAAUCACUUCUCAGAACUCAAGGAGGAGUACUCCUCACUGUGUGAGUUUCAUGAAUCAGCUAUAGAGAUCCUAAAAAAAGAAAAAUGACAAUGUGAUCAAAAUGAGUAAACUCUUAUAAAAAUCGAAUUUUAAUGAGCCAAAAACUCUUUUGAAAAGACUUUAUACACUUAAGUGCAUCAUAUAGGGAGAUAUUGUGGAGCACAAUGAGUGAAAUGGUCUCAAAUAAUAAUAAUGUUUAAGAAAUUGGUCAUUCUUCACAAAUAAAUACACAAAGGUACAUUUACUGAUGUAUUGCAAUGAAAUGAGAUUGUAUUUUAUUGUAUUAUUGAUUGUACAGCUGAUUGUAUUUUAAUUUUUGUAUAUUUUUAAUUUAUUAAAUUUUUAUACCACAUUUCUGUUUGAUUUAUCAUAGAGCUACAUUAAGCAAGAAUAUAAAUAAAUAAUUUUAUUAUGUAAUUUUAAUUUAAUUUAUUUUUUAAUUUAAAGUGCUGGAUCCUCCACAGGUGCUACUAUCGCAGA